UCCUUCUAUGAAAAAUUGAAGUACAGUGCUCAUAGCGACGGAUGUAGAGAAUUCUACCAAGAUGGAGAAGCCUAUGAUAAUGUAGCAGAUGCAUAUGAAAUGUAUGUGAAGGGAACUCAAUUAGCAGCAAAUGGAGAUGUCAUAGACAAGAAAUAUAUCUAUGGCAAUGUUGGUUUCAAUUGGACAGUCUAUCAUCCAGAAUGGAAGCCAACAAAGAAGCGACCAAAAGCUCCAUACUAUGAAGAAAGAACCAGGAAAUGGAGAGCAAUGUUUGUAGACUUUCCUGAAGAAGAUGAAAUAUCCCAAGGCGCACUCAAGGUUUAUAAUGAGAAGCAUCCCAAGAAGGAAGUUUAUCAAUUGGAAAUUCCAUACGUUCUGCACAAACAGAAGCGACAAGUGCAAUGCGAGGUUUAUGAAACGCAUUGUAUCAUUGAUCAAGAAGAAGUUACAUGGGAAGAAGUCCGUAAAAUGCAAGCCAAGCUCACCAAAAGACCAACUCAUCACUCUCAACCUUACCAUUAUAAAGGACCAGGAACUCAAUGUUGGCAUUCGAUCCACCAAGAAAAGCCAACCGAUUACUGUGAUGAAUGUGUUUGGAUGGUCCAGACUUGCAGAGUCCUAGCAGCUUUACCUGAAGAAAAGCUAACACAGUUGGAAACAGAAGCUAAGAUCCGAGCUAGAGUCAGACUCUCACCAUUGGAAAAUAUUACAGCACCUUUCCCAACCAACUGGCAGCAAUUAGGGGCCAUUUCUUUUCAACUAUGGACUCCAGGCGCCAGACCUCCUACUUUGUCACAUGGAGGAUAUGUGUUGUAUUCCAAUCAGGACGCCCAAGUCCAAGGAUCAAGAACUCUAACUACAGGCAUUGGACUCAAGUUACCUCCCAACACAACGGCACUAUUAAUCGCCUUAGAAGAACCGACCAAUUACGUAGUCACUAACCUGAUUACAGACACCGAGUUCCGAGUAUCAGUGCACGUAAUUGCGCCAUUCCCAACCUUGAUCAAUGCAAAACAAGCGAUAGCAAGAAUCGUCCUAGUGCGAACUAUAAAUCCGGCUUCGGAAUUAGUCGCAGCAGGACAGAAAGUGCAAGAACAACCCUCUCCAUUCCUAAAAACACUCAAUCCCGACCAAGAUCAGCAAAUCGAAGACUUAUUGAAACAGUACGAAGACAUAUUUGCUGCAGACCUGAAGAGUUUAGGCCAAACUACCAUCAUCCGUCACCGAAUAGACACAGAAGAAGGAAAAGUUGCUUUUUCGAAAAAGUACAAACAAUCAUGGGAAAGCGAAGAUUUUAUCACUGCAGAAGUAGGAAGAAUGUUGGAAGCCAACAUAAUCAAGCGGUUAGAAAUUGAUACUGACGAAAAUACGCCAUGUACGCCAUUUGCAUCUCCGGUAGUGGUUGUAGGAAAGAAGGAUGGAAGCAAACGAUUCUGUGUGGAUUACAGAAAGCUCAACAAAAUUACAGUAACAAACUCCUAUCCGCUACCCAUUAUUCAUGACAUCUUUUCUAAUAUUGCUAAGCGAGGACUACAGCCUAAGUAUUUCUCAGCUCUAGACUUAGCAAGCGGGUAUUGGCAAGUUCCGAUGUACGAAGAACAUAUCCACAAAACGACAUUUAC